AUGAAGACCCAACAGCCACUUCAUGUGGUCACCCCGGUUAGGGAAAGCCUCGCCUUGACAAAAGUGGCACAAACCCCAGUUUACAUUAAAUUGGACUCGUCCCAGCCUACGGGCUCCUUUAAGAUCAGGGGCAUCGGACACCUAUGCAAAACUUGGGCUGAGCGAGGAUGCGAAAGGUUUGUCUGCUGUUCAGGAGGAAACGCAGGCAUGGCUGCGGCCUAUUCAACCCGCAAGUUGGGAGUACCUGCAACCAUCGUGGUGCCCAGUGUCACACCAAAACCAACAGUGGAUCGUCUUCGGGACGAGGGAGCUACAGUGGUCAUCCAUGGGAAGGCUCUUAAUGAAAGUAUCGAGUAUGGAGAGCAACUUGUGGCUAACAACCCAGGCUGGAUCUUCAUCUCUCCCUUUGAUGACCCCCUCAUCUGGUGAGUCUUGACGUCAAUGUCGGGCCACACAUCUCUCGUGCAAGAAUUGGAACAAGGCAUGAAGGAGAAGCCAGGCGCCAUCGUGCUGUCAGUGGGAGGCGGCGGGCUGUUGAAUGGGGUAGUGGAGGGCCUGCAGCGUGCCGGCUGGGCAGAUGUGCCCAUCGUUGCCAUGGAGACCAUAGGAGCUCACAGCCUCAAUGCAGCCGUGAAGGCAGGGGAGCUUGUCACUUUACCUGACAUCACCAGUGUUGCCACCACACUAGUCCUUACGAGGAUCUCUGCACAGACGCUUAAACUGGUGCAGGAGCAUAAAGCGUUCUCAGAAAUAAUCACAGACCAGGAGGCCGUAAAGGCUGUGGAGCGCUUUGUAGAUGAUGAGAAGAUUCUGGUGGAGCCCGCCUGUGGUGCUGCGCUCGCCGCUGUGUACAGUGAUGUCAUCAAAAGGCUGCAGGAUGAGGGCAAGCUGGAGAGGCAGUUAGGCCCCGUGGUCCUUGUUGUGUGCGGAGGCAACAACAUCACCAUGGAACAGCUACAGAGGUUGAAAAACCAACUUGGUAUUCUCUAG